GUAAAUUUGUAAUUGUCCAACUGAAAAGUGAGACGCACGUUAAUUGGAGCUCUCUGUGAUCGAAAUGCUAAAACCCUAACCCUAAACCCCUCACAAACCAUAACCAAAAUCAAAAGAUUUCUACGAUGGCCAUGAACCAACACCACGACGAUCACCAAGACGCCAUGAACGUCGACCAAGGCCAAGCUCAGAAGGUCCAAACCCUGCAUGACCUGUCCACAGGCUCGCUAGCUUCGUCGGUGUCCGAGCUCUCCGGUUCCUCCCGCGGCGUGCCCUCCGGCAAGGACUUCCACUUCUUCUACAACUUCGAUGAGUUCAAGGCCCCGAUCCAAGAAAUCUCCAAGAAAUCGCAGUCGAUGCUUGAGGCGAUCGGCUCCUCGACGGCGAGGGUUUGGGGGGACAAGGAAAUGACAUUCCCUGCCCGCAGCGACAUUGAUGACGCGUACGACUGGCUGGUGAACGUGAACGACGAGCUGUUGGAGCGGUUCCACGUAUCGGCCGACGAGUUCCAGAGGGUUCGGAAGAAGGAAGAAGAGACAGGCCAGGCCGUAACGGACACGGAUGACGGAUUUCAGGUAGUGUACGGGAAGAAGAAAAAGUGGGCGAGUCAUGGCUCGGCGAGCCAUGGCUCAGUGGGUGGGGAGGCGAGUGUGGCGAUGGGGGUGAAGGUUGCGACCAAGGAUAAGAAGACGACGGGGCCGAAGCAGAAGGUGCCGUUUCAUAUUCCAUCGAUACGGAAGCCGCAGGACGAGUUGAAUAUUCUUGUGAAUAAUUCGAACCAGCCAUUUGAGCACGUUUGGUUGCAGAGGAGUGAGGAUGGGCUGAGGUUUAUUCAUCCCCUGGAGAAGCUUUCGGUUUUGGAUUUUGUUGAUAAAGAUAUUGGGAAUGUGGAUCCUAUAAAACCUCCCUCGCUAGAGUCAACCCCAUUCAAGUUUGUGGAGGAAGUGAAAGAUUUGAAAGAGAUGGCUGCUAAAUUGCGUGGUGUAAAUGAAUUUGCGGUUGAUUUGGAACAUAAUCAAUAUCGAUCUUUUCAAGGAUUGACUUGCUUGAUGCAAAUAUCUACUAGAACCGAAGAUUUUGUUGUUGAUACUCUAAAACUUCGAAUUCAUAUUGGUCCAUACCUCAGGGAAGUUUUCAAGGACCCUACCAAGAGAAAGGUUAUGCAUGGAGCAGAUCGAGAUAUUGUAUGGCUUCAACGGGACUUUGGCAUUUAUGUAUGCAAUUUGUUUGACACUGGCCAGGCCUCAAAGGUGUUAAAACUAGAGAGAAAUAGCUUGGAGUUUCUUUUGCAUCACUUUUGUGGAGUUACCGCUAACAAAGAAUACCAGAAUGCAGAUUGGAGAUUACGCCCUCUUCCUGAGGAGAUGCUCAGAUAUGCCAGAGAAGAUACACACUAUCUAUUGCAUAUAUAUGAUUUAAUGAGAAUCAAGUUGUUUUCAAUGCCCAAGGAGUCUGAAAAUUUUGAUACUCCUUUAGUUGAGGUCUACAAGCGCAGUUAUGAUGUAUGCAUGCAACUGUACGAAAAAGAGCUUUUGACUGACAAUUCGUAUCUAUAUAUAUAUGGGUUGCAGGCUGCUGCUCUUGAUGCUCAGCAGCUUGCUGUUGUUGCGGGGCUUUGUGAGUGGCGAGAUGUUGUUGCUCGUGCAGAGGAUGAGAGUACUGGUUACGUAUUGCCAAACAAAGUUGUUCUUGAAAUUGCCAAGCACAAGCCUGACUCUACUAGCAAGCUACGUCGACUGGUAAAGUCAAAGCACCCUUACAUUGAGCGCAAUCUUGCUUCCGUUGUUAGCGUGAUUAGGCAUUCUCUGCAAAAUGCUGCUGAUUUUGAAGCUGUUGCUGAACAUCUGAAGCUGGGCCACACAGAAAUGGCAGCGGAAGAAAAUAUUGUGGUUGCUGAUGGAUUUGAAGUCUUCUUACCUGAUACUCCUACAGAAGUUGAAGCUGCAAAUGCUAGAAGAGAAAGCAUUGAUUGUAGCAAUACAAUAAAUGGUCAUAUUUCUGUGCUUUUGCCUGCUUCUUCUGAGCUGAAAGCAGAGUCUUCGGAGCUUGGAUGCAGUGCCUUAAAACUGGGCAGGGGUGCACACGGAGGCUCUUAUGAGGAGCAUUCAGAUAAAAGUGAGGAAGUAAAUAUAAAUUCCGAUAGUUGUAUUUCAGAUCGCCCUAGUGGAGGCCUCACUACUUCUGGGCAGAGUAGAGACGCAAAUGAUGAUACCUUGGUGUUGCAUUCAGCGAAGGUUACUGGAGCUACUGUUCAGAUGCUAAAGAAGCCUAGCCGUGCUUUUGGGGCGCUACUGGGAAGUUCAGCCCCAAAGAGGAAGUUUAAUACUGAUAAAAGGGAAGAGAUGAAGAAGUUGGAGCAAAUCAGAUCUUCAGUGAACUUUCCCUUCCACUCAUUUCGGGGCAUGAGUGAGCAGUCGAAACCGGCUGUGGAAAUUUGUGAUCCUCAAGGAUCUGUUGCCAUGCCAGCCGCCAGCCCUCAAAGAGAUGAAAUUAUAUUGUUGGAGGAUAAUUCAGAGGCAGAGGAGUCAAUAGGUGGAAACUCGGAAGGUACCAAUGAGCAGAAGAACAAUUUUGGGAUGUCUGGUUUGGAGUUGGAUAACAGAGAUGAGCCUAUGUCUCUCUCAGAAUUGUCUUCGAGCUUUGAAAAAUGCUUUGAAUCAAUUAAUCAAAAUGGAAAGGCCAGACAAGUUGGGAAAUCUCAAGAAUCUGGCUUCUUGCAGCUGAAGCCAUUUGAUUAUGAAGCAGCAAGGAAAGAGGUCAGAUUUGGAGAAGAUGGCUCAGAACGGUCGGCAUCAGGAAGUAACAAAGGUUUAAAGGUUGAUUCUGGGAAGAAGAAAAAAGGUUCAGUUAUUGGUGGAGUCCAAAGAGAUGAUGGGACAACAGAACUUCUUCCUCAGGGCAGACGACGUCAAGCUUUUCCGACAACUGGGAACCGUAGUGCGACGUUUCGCUGAGUUACAUUAGUCUAAGUCUUGUGUAGCAGAAAUGAAAACAAUGUUACCUUUGUCUUUCCAAAGGAAACCUCAAGUGAAUCAAAUGAUCUGGAUAUGGUAGCCUGCACGAGUAACGAAGCAGCACCAAGCAUCAUUUGAUUAGCAUGACCAAGAAAUUAUUUAUUUAUUUAUUUAUUAUCUUUUUAA